ACAGCUAGCUGGCCUCUAAAGUUUCUGGGUUCACCAAGGUCGCCUGUAAUGGGGAAAGUGUACCAGUCUCCCUUUCAAAGACAAGCUCUUCUUUGUGCCCAUGCAGACUGAGAAACAGCCCUGGGGGUCAUUCAGCGAUCGUUAUGACCUCCCGGUUACGUGCGUUGGGUGGAAGAAUUAACAACAUACGAACCUCAGAAUUACCCAAAGAAAAAACUCGAUCCGAAGUCGUCUGCAGCAUCCGCUUUUUAGAUGGCUUGGUACAGACCUUUAAAGUUAAUAAACAAGACACUGGUCAAGUUCUUCUGGAUAUGGCACAUAACCACUUGGGCGUGACCGAAAAGGAGUAUUUCGGCUUGCAGCGUGACGACGACACAAUGGAGUCUCCCAGAUGGCUGGAAUCCAGCAAACCCAUCCGGAAGCAAUUAAAAGGAGGUCCCCCCUGUACUCUGCACUUUCGAGUAAGAUUUUUUAUACCUGAUCCCAGUUCACUGCAGCAAGAACAAACCAGGCAUCUGUAUUUCUUACAACUGAAGAUGGAUAUUUGUGAAGGAAGGUUAACCUGCCCUCUUAACUCUGCAGUGGUUCUAGCAUCCUAUGCAGUACAAUCUCAUUUUGGAGACUAUAACUCUUCCAUACAUCAUCCGGGCUAUCUUUCUGAUAGUCAGUUUCUACCAGAUCAGAGCGAUGACUUUUUAACAAAGGUGGAAGCUCUCCAUGAGCAGCACAGUGGGCUAAAGCAGUGCGAAGCUGAAUCUUGCUACAUCAACAUAGCACGGACCCUCGACUUCUACGGAGUGGAGCUGCAUGGCGGGAGGGAUCUGCACAAUUUAGAUCUAAUGAUUGGAAUCGCUUCCGCGGGCAUCGCUGUGUACCGAAAAUACAUUUGCACAAGUUUCUAUCCUUGGGUGAACAUUCUAAAAAUUUCUUUCAAAAGGAAAAAGUUCUUUAUACAUCAGCGGCAAAAACAGACUGAAUCCAGGGAACAUAUCGUGGCCUUCAACAUGUUAAAUUACCGAUCUUGCAAAAACUUAUGGAAAUCCUGUGUCGAGCAUCAUACAUUUUUCCAGGCAAAGAAGCUACUACCUCACGAAAAGAAUGUUUUGUCCCAGUACUGGACUCUGGGUACUAGAAAUCCCAAAAAGUCUGUAAAUAACCAGUAUUGCAAAAAGGUGAUUGGAGGGAUGGUGUGGAACCCAGCCAUGCGGAGAUCUUUGUCAGUGGAGCAUUUAGAGACCAAGAGUCUGCCUUCUCGAUCCCCUCCUAUCACUCCCAACUGGCGAAGUCCUCGGCUCCGGCACGAGAUCCGAAAGCCCCGGCACUCAUCCGCUGACAAUCUUGCCAAUGAAAUGACGUACAUCACAGAGACUGAAGAUGUGUUUUAUACCUACAAAGGCUCCCUGUCCCCGAAAGACAGUGAUUCUGAGGUGUCUCAGAACCGAAGCCUGCACGGAGAGAGCAUAUCCGAGAACAAUCCAGCACAGAGCUACCUGACCCAGAAGUCAUCCAGUUCUGUGUCUCCAUCUUCAAAUGCUCCAGGCUCCUGCUCCCCAGAUGGCGUCGAUCAACAAUUCUUAGAGGACUUCCACAGGGUGACCAAAGGGGGUUCCACCGAAGACUCUAGCCAGUACUACUGUGACAAGAAUGAUAAUGGUGAUGGUUACUUAAUCUUAAUCCGUAUCACACCAGAUGAAGAUGGAAAAUUUGGAUUUAAUCUUAAGGGAGGAGUGGAUCAGAAGAUGCCUCUCGUGGUAUCAAGGAUAAACCCAGAGUCGCCUGCGGAUACCUGCAUUCCUAAGCUGAACGAAGGGGAUCAAAUCGUGUUAAUCAAUGGCCGUGAUAUCUCUGAACACACCCAUGACCAAGUGGUGAUGUUCAUCAAAGCCAGCCGGGAGUCCCACACUCGGGAGCUGGCCCUGGUGAUCCGGAGGAAAGCUGUCCACUCAUUCGCUGAGAUCAAAUCUGAAGAUGAGCUCAAUCAGCUUUUCCCAGAGGCCAUUUUCCCCAUGUGUCCAGAGGGCGGGGACACCUUGGAGGGGUCCAUGGAACAGCUAAAGAAGGGUCUCGAAAGUGGGACGGUGCUGAUCCAGUUCGAGCAACUCUACAGAAAGAAGCCCGGGUUGGCCAUCACAUUUGCAAAACUGCCUCAAAAUUUGGACAAAAACCGAUAUAAAGACGUAUUGCCUUAUGACACCACCCGGGUAUUAUUACAGGGAAAUGAAGAUUACAUUAAUGCCAGUUACGUGAACAUGGACAUCUCUGCGGCUAACCUUGUGAACAGGUACAUCGCCGCUCAGGGACCCCUGCCCCAUACCUGUGCACAGUUUUGGCAAGUCGUCUGGGAUCAGAAGUUAUCGCUCAUCAUCAUGCUGACGACUCUCACAGAGCGAGGGCGGACCAAGUGUCACCAGUACUGGCCCGACCCUCCUGACGUCAUGGAGCAUGGCCCCUUUCACAUCCGCUGUCAGUCAGAGGACUGCACCAUUGCUUACGUGUUCCGGGAAAUGCUGGUCACAAACACAGAGACCGGGGAAGAGCACACUGUGACACACCUCCAGUAUGUGGCGUGGCCUGACCACGGCGUCCCUGACGACUCCUCGGACUUCCUGGAGUUUGUAAACUACAUGAGAUCCCUGCGAGUGGACAGUGAGCCCGUCUUAGUUCACUGCAGUGCUGGAAUAGGUCGGACCGGUGUGUUGGUCACCAUGGAAACAGCCAUGUGUCUCAUUGAGAGAAACCUGCCCGUGUAUCCACUGGAUAUCGUCCGGAAGAUGAGAGACCAGCGCGCCAUGAUGGUGCAGACCGCAAGCCAGUACAAGUUUGUGUGCGAAGCGAUUCUUCGAGUUUGUGAAGAAGGUUUAGUCCAAAUGCUGGAUCCCAGUUAAGACAACUGUGAAUAACAUUUGUACGUUCAUUCCUCCUUCCCAAAGACAUCCACCUUAAGGACAGGCCUUCUCUCCGGAAGCAGCAAGAGGAAUCCAUAGGCGGUGGGAAAGGAAUGAGCCCAUUUGAACCCAGGCACUUUAAAUUUCUCUAGGAAAGGUAUCGUGUACAUAGGAACUGUGUAGGUAACGCAUGCAGUUACAGCUUCACUCAGGCCCGCAUUCUCCUCCAGAGUUGAAAGCAAACGGGAUCUCAGUCGGGGCCUAUCCUAAUGCCUUCUUCCCUAGAUAUCACAUUAUUCCUGUUAACCACCCUUGGGCAGCUCAGAGGGGUCGCGGCAGAGCUGCUGACUUCCCAGAAAGAAGAUGGUGUGGCUAUUUAGGGUCGCUUGAUGUUUUGUGUCUGUGUAUCAGGCUCCAAGGGCUGAGUUUUCUGUGCUUCCCGGUGGAGUGGACAAAGAGCGCUCUCCCGCCCCGAAGCUAAGGGCACCCUGAUGAAUGUACUAAGUGCAGGGUGGUGGUGAUGGGAUUUCAGACCGAAGCACGAGCAGUUCCGGCUCCGCCUCCCUUCCUGUGCCCUGACACUUCCGGUGUUUGUAUUUCUGAGAGUCACGUAGGAGACGGCCACUUCCCCCCUGCGUCAGUGCCCCCUUCAGGUUCACACCCAGUGCCUGUACCGGAUCAGUGAGGGGGACUCGGGUGAAUUUGCGGUCGUGAUGGAGGGCGAGGGCUCUCGGUGUCCUCUGGCCAACCCUGGUGUGUUACCUUUAGAAGCGGGGGCUUCUCGCUCUGCACCUCUCGCUGUAUACUCAGCACCCAAGACUGGAACCAUCGACUACUGAGUCUACUCCAUGUAUUGCUGCUACUUCAAACUCUUACACUUGAAACUUUAUGAUUUUCCUGAGGGGAGAUGGGAUAGCCUCUAAAUAUACAGAAUCUUUGGCCCGUUGAGAAAAGAUCUUCUAGGCAUUGCACCAUGGGAAACCCAACUUCUAGAGGAUUGUCUGUGUGUGCGCACGCGCGUGUGUGUGUGUGUGUGUCUCCAUGGGUGAGUGUUUCUCAGGAUUCCUAACUUGAUUCAAAUUACAGUUGAGUUUAUAUAAAGAAUGAGUCUCUGUAUAGAAGAACAAAUGUGCACAUUCACCCUGAGUUACAAUGGUCUCCAUUUCAUUUCAAAGGAGAGGAUCAGACUAUCUGAAUAUAAACACAUUUGAUGUUAAUUUAUUCUAAGUACACCAUGAUUUUGAUUGUCCUGAAGAAUUCUGCCUUUGUUAAUACUGUGUUAAAAAUUUUUUAAAAAUUUGUGACAGGAUUGUAGCAAAUUACUAUUUAAGGAAAAUAAAUUACGUAAAAAUCUUAAAGCGGCAUCUUUAAACAGUGGUUUUUGUCUAGAAGAGGAAGCUAAGCCAGUUUUCUUAACAGGAUUUAUAGAAAAAGGAUGCUUUCAUGUUACUGUGCAUGUAAGUGAAGCCAUUUUGGUGUUGAGCUAACUGGACCAACUGAGUACUUUCCUGGUUGGGAGAGGGGGUGGCGACCAGCAGGCCAGGUUUCUGAAGGUUCUUUAUCUCCAGACUAGCAUGUGUGCUUGCUUCCCGUCUUUUCCCCAUUGAUGUCUCACUGCUAGCUGGCAGCAGUGAGGGUAAGGGGGGCUGUUAUAUAGUAUCUGUCAUAUACAGUUAUAGACUGUUAUAUGGUAUAACAGAUGCCAGCACCCCAGACUGUGCAGUGGGAGACCAUCAGAGCCCCAACUUCGUCAGCAUAAUGGCAGGCUAGCAGGAUGUUGUGGGAAACUUUGGAGCAAUGGAUAGAAAAAAAUUUCCAAUUCACACAAAAUAACUAGUUCUAGUCACCUGGAUGCUUUGCCUCCUAUUUCCUCCUUCAAAAUAGAAAUAACAUUGAGAGCUUUAGGUUGAAUAUAAGGGUUGAAUAAGAUUGUGUUCGUGUGAAUUUUCAUCAGCUGGAAUCUGACAGAGCUAUGGAUGAGUUACUUGGAAAAUUAACUUAUCAGAGAAAAUCGCUUUCUUUCUGAAGAGAAUCCAACACACACAGGAAUACCCUAUCAGUGCUUACAUUCAACCUGGACUCAGAAAAUUUUCUCAGCAAAGCACGAGCAAAGAGGGGAAGGCUGACAUAAAUUAAAUGUCAUCAGGAUAUUUGGCAAACGACAGAAAUGCAUUGUCACUGUGUUUGCAGAAACUUGAGAAGUCAAAUGGGUUUGGAGAUGUGUUUUAUUAUUAUUAUUUUUACAGCUAAUUAAGUUUUUUAGCGGGGUUGCAGAAAUGCUGCCUUUAUGUUACAUAUAUGUCUAAAAAGCUUGCCGAAGUUUGCAACCAAACUUUUUCUGACAUUGUGCAGACCACUUAGUUCAACCCCAGCAGAUUUACCCCAAACAAAGUCCUUGUAAUACUGGGGGAGAGCCAGAGUAGAGAAUUCUCUAGAAUGGCAGAACAUGUAACUAUAUUCUCUAGAUAUUACCAAUUAAAUUCUGUAGCUCCAAGUUUCUGCUUCACCACCUUAUAUACUUAAGCAAUUAUACUUAACAAGCCUUUUUUAGUCAUAAGAGAAGAACUUCAUCAAAACCAGGAUAAAUAUUUUGCCUGCACAAUUUGGGUGUGAAUGGAGAAGACAUUUCCAUCCUACGUUCUGGCACUCUGGGAAGAGCUAAUUAGAUAAGUUAAUGUGCUGAGUUAGACAGGAGAUCACUUCUGGUGUUAGACCCUAAAACCUUCACGUGCUCUUUUGACUUUCCAGGAAAAAAAAAAAAGGUUCAGUUGGAUUUAGUUGGGGGGAGAAGGGAGGGUUGAACUGCAAACUUAUGGUGGUCUUUUUAUCUACAGCCUGUCCUGUUCUGUCACAGCGAAUAUCCUUAAGUAUGCGUUCAGUGUAGGGGAGAGGCUAUUGCUGCUUUGUUGCUGAUUGCCUUGUUUGGUGCCUCAGAUUUUAUCAUUGGAUGGCAAGCAACAGGCCUCAUCUUCUGGAGGCCACAAGGAAAGGCAGCAUCAAAGGUAAAGAUUGUAAGAGGCAGGACCAGGGUCUCGACCUCAACCUGGCUGUCCUCAGUCCUUCCCAGCUUCUCCCCAGGGUUGCACCACCAGCAGGCAGAGAUGGCAGAUAAGAUGGCUGAGGCUCAGGCCUGGUGGCAACAGGACCUUCAAGAGCAUCACCCACAAGGAUACACCAGCUACAGUCAUUUCUGGGGAUGGCCAAUUUCUUGCUUUCCACGACAUUUUUCCUCAGGGGCACAUUUUCUGUUGAUGGCCAAGAAUCAUUUCCCGUAUUUCUACAGAAGAAGAUGGUGAUGAAAGUCAUCUUGGACAUUGCACGGUUGUCUGCAAGAAUUGUGUUGUUGCUCUGGGCCUAAGAAGGGAAGGUUUGAGGGGGGUAGGGAGGAUGGUCUCUGUUACUUACAGCCUCACGUACUUGGACGUCAGCAGAGGAACUAGCCUCCAGGUUAAGCACACUUUGAGGAUGGUCUUCUCUGGGCAGUGAUUAAGUUUAGAAGUUUCAGUGUAUUGAACAGUAUACUGAUUUUGCCUAAAUAUAGAUUGAAAAAAAAAACAAUGCUGAUAACCCAAACAUAAUAAAAGACACUGUUGCAUGGUUAAAGAAACAAGACACUCAGUUUUCUUAUAUGUUUCUUACAUGACCUUUGUUCAUAAAACAUUUACUAUUGUUGCAGUUUGUAUUCCAAAAAAAUCAAAAUUAAUCCUAAAACCCAAGUUGUGACGCUUCUGGAGAGGUGUGCCAUGUUUCUGUCAUCUGUCCCAAGAGAUGUCCCUCUGACAUUGGCACUGUUGAAUGCCAUGGUAAUCACUUUCUGGUUCUUGCCUAUCAUCUUCAGCUGAGGACAGAUUCGUGAUGAUGGCAGAGAUGCUAACCUCAGCCUAGGGAGCCAGUACACAGUCGAAGGGCUAGGCUACCUGCCUUCGUUAUAACUCACAUUCUAUUUGGAGCAACCAAAGGGUUUGUGUGAAGUGUUGUAGUCUCAAGAAAUAUUUUAAUUGAUCAGCGAUGUUUUUCUUUCUGCUAAUUUGUUCUCCACACUGUCAUUCUGACCUGUCAGUGGUUCUACUGAAAAACAAUUUGAUGAACAUAAAAGCAUUUGAGC